AUGCAAGCAACUUAAGAAAAAGACAUACUAGACUUUAUGGCUUUAACAGGAUGUUAAGAUGAAUAAAAAGCCUUAUAAUAUAUUUAGAUGGGGGACAAUAAUUUAGAAGUAGAAUUAAUGAAUAUUUUUAGAAUGCAAUUCAACUUUAUCUUGACUUAGAAGGUUAACCAACUUUGAGCUAACAAUCAAGUGUUUAAUCUUAAAAAUCACCAUAGUAAUAAAAUUAGCAAUAAUAUUUAAAUUAGCAAGAUGUUAAAGAAGGUAUUAUAUGUUCUUAGAAAUAGUGAAUACAAUGAUUUUUAAUCAAAACAAUCCUCCACCUGAACUUAUACGUUAGAGAUCAGCUCCAGAUACAACAUUGAUUGAGAAAUAUAAAAAAUAUCAAGAGGAUAAAAGAGCAAAUGAUGAUGGAAUUCUUAAAAAGACUUUUAAAUUUGGUUGGAGUGCAAUAACAUAUAUAUGUAUUUAGUUUAUAAUAAAGAUUUUAGUCAAACGAGAAACAAAUCAUGGAAUGGCAUUCUAGACAUUUAUUUAAUAAUAAUAGAUUUAAACAGACAUUAAUUUUUAAAUGGGCAACUUUUAAGAUAACCUGAAGAGAGCUCAUGAAGAGACUAAACCUUUAUUGAUAUAUUUACAUAAUCAAUAAUCUUUAUAUACCUUUGAGAAUAUGAUAAACAGCAAAACUUUUGUUUAGAUUGUCAACAAAAAUUAUCAUAUUGUAGGAUUUUUGGAAAGUCCUUAGGUAUAUGAUUUGUUACCUGUAAAACCUUAACCUCCAACUCUUCUAAUUUACAGAUUAGAUUUAACUGAGUAACCUAUUUUAAUGGACACAAUACAUUUGUCACCAGAGAGUAAUUUUUAAGAAUUAGCUGGAAAGUUAAAAUCUUUAAAAGGUCAAUUUAAUAAGUAAUUUAUAAUGGAAGAUCAAGUAAAAAGAGAAUUUAAUAUUCCAUAAUAAUAUAUUCCAAAUUUCUAUGGUUAAUAAUAAUAAUAACAAUAUUCUUAAAGAAGAUAGCAAGAUGUAUAGUAAAGAGAAAGAGAAUAAUUAAUAAAAUAAUAAUAAGAAGCUUAUCGAAUUGCAGAAUAAUAAGCAGCAGAGAAAAAAAGAAGAGAAUAAGAAUAAAAAUAAUAAUAAGAAAAUAAAUUAUUGGAAUAACAAUAAUUAAGUGUAUGAAAAUAAAAUAAUUUUAGGAAUAAAGACUUUUACAAAAAGCUACUAUAUUAUCAAACUUACCAGAUGAACCAGAAAAUGAAGAAGGAAUAGAAAUAUUAUUUAGAUUUGAGAAUUCUAAUAAAACUAGAAGAUUUAAUUUUAAUGAUAAAAUAUAGGUAUAUCUUAUAAUCUAGCAUUUAGUCAAUAUUUGAUUUUGCAUUAAGUUAAGAAGAUGAUUGUUUCAAUGAUCCUAAUUCAAAUAUAGAUCUAAUUUAGAGCUUUCCAAGGUUAUCAUUGAAAGAUAAAAAGGAUGAAAUAAUUAGUGAUGUGUUUACAGAUUCAAAUAAGGUUUAGUUAAUUGUAGAAGAAUGUGAAUGA